AUGACGUCAAAACACUAUUACGUUGAAGCAAAAGAGAACUUUAUUCAGACAGUUGUGAACGCUUUCAAGUGUUCUCACUUUCUUGAUUUCAAAUAUCAGGGUGGACCUAAGAACAAGACCCCAUGGAUAGAAUAUAACGGCAUAGCUAUGGGAGAUUCCCAGUUGAUAAUUGAGUACUUUAACAAGAAAUUCGACAUCGACAUGAACAGUCACCUCAAGUAUACUUACUGGUAUGUAUAUAAACAGGAACGUGCUACUGCCUGGGCCAUACAAAAAUGGCUGGAAGAGUAUACUUACUGGUAUGUAUAUAAACAGGAACGUGCUACUGCCUGGGCCAUACAAAAAUGGCUGGAAGAGUAUACUUACUGGUAUGUAUAUAAACAGGAACGGGCUACUGCCUGGGCCAUACAAAAAUGGCUGGAAGAGUAUACUUACUGGUAUGUAUAUAAACAGGAACGGGCUACUGCCUGGGCCAUACAAAAAUGGCUGGAAGAGUAUACUUACUGGUAUGUAUAUAAACAGGAACGGGCUACUGCCUGGGCCAUACAAAAAUGGCUGGAAGAGUAUACUUACUGGUAUGUAUAUAAACAGGAACGUGCUACUGCCUGGGCCAUAGAAAAAUGGCUGGAAGAGUAUACUUACUGGUAUGUAUAUAAACAGGAACGUGCUACUGCCUGGGCCAUAGAAAAAUGGCUGGAAGAGUAUACUUACUGGUAUGUAUAUAAACAGGAACGUGCUACUGCCUGGGCCAUACAAAAAUGGCUGGAAGAGUAUACUUACUGGUUGAACGUCCAUACCCGGUGGUAUAUUUUCUGGGACGAUAUGUUCACAAAGAUUUUGAAUGUUCCAAGAUUUGUUACCGCAAUCUCUAAGGUAGUCAGACGGCCAAAAAUGUAUAAGGAUUUGUAUACAGUUGGAGUUGCUCGUCAUAGCGACGAGGAAAUUCACGAGAUGAUGAUAAAAGACGUAAAACACUUCUCAGAAAUUUUAGGAGAUAAGAAGUAUAUUAUGGGAGAUAAGAUAACGGAAACAGAUUGUGCAGCGUUCGGCGUUCUCUCACAGAUCCGGUGGUGUACGCCAGAGUCAUGCCCAGGACAUCAACUCCUUACAAGUGGUGAAUUAAAAAAUGUAACGGAUUACCUGGACAGAAUCAAGGAUACUUACUGGCUGGACUGGGAGGAAAUAUUGGCCGCCGUGAAAAAGUAACGGCAUAAAUUGUAACGUAAUUUGUGACGUUAGGAACGAUGUAAAUUGUGUUUUUUUGCACACAUCAGUAUAUUUGGCACCAUAACUCAACCACACGUUAUUGACAUGGUGAUCCUUUUUACCAUAUCAACUGACAUAUAUAAUUAGAGGCACACACAGAUGUAAAUCUUUCGUGGAUUACGAAAUUUUACUGUUCAAUGUUCUAUGCAUAGAUCUACUAUUGUGCCAUAAUUUCAAUUUGUACAAAUGCAUAAUUUCAUUCUCAUGUUAGAUGCUUAUUAGUAUGCGAGAUGUACAUGUAAUGAAUAAAUCGAACUAUUAAAA